CCGACGCGCACGUGCGCGCGCGCGCGACACACCAGCGUCCAACGAGCGGCAAAGUUUUGGUAAACAAGCGUGACGCUUGUGUUUUCGAGCCCGCGACGAAAACAGUUUCCAUCAGCGAUUUCUUUCUCUGGCCAUUUUAAUUGGCGGAGUUGCUCCACAACGAUUUUAACCAGUCAGAUUACGCUGUUACUACCGAUUAUUUUAAUUAAUCGCAUUUAGCUUCACCAGUUUAUAAUUUCCAAACGAACCUCGCGCGCAACGAGCAUUUCUUAAGCUGCUCACGGUGCGACUCUCGUUAUACUCUACUUACUAUACUAGUAAUGUACAACGACUUCGGCAAAGCCUCGUUGCAUACGCUUUUUCAUAAAGAACCGUCGAAAGCUUUUCUCUAGAUGUCAUAAUCGUCGUUAAUUGCCCGAAAAGGAAACCCACACAGGCUCGCCUCGCGUAAGGGGCAGCGCGCCAAGAAAGCAGCCUAAGCAAACGUCACUGUACAAGUAGGGCCCGCAUCGCCGGAAGCACGUUCCAUUGCCGUACACGCGUCAUCGGGUAAUGAAAACCCAUAUAUAACGACGGAGUACACUUCGCGGUUUUCCAUUUCGUUUUAAUCCCUCUGCGACGGAGGAGCGCUUGUCGUCCGAAGAGAAACGACGAGAAGUGGAGCCACGAAAAUAAUCUUCGUCGUUGUCGUCGCUUCCCCGAAGUCUAAAUUCACACGCGCGCCGCGUGCAGUGGCGCUGUGUCUACAGUCGCCGCAGACGCUCUUCGAUUUGCGAUCUGCACGGAUGUUCAGUCGAGAGCUGUAUUCCCACACGACAUGAACGACGUGUGGUGAACGCAACGUGACGCGUUGGAUCUACGUCUCCCUCGUACAAAGUGCAGUCCGCGGUGUGCGUGAAAGUGUAGUUGUAUUUGCGUGAGCAAUUAGAAGGGCGCCUACGUCGCUAGCUGGAAUUUCUAGGUUAAGAAUGCUCAUCGCACGCCGUUAGAUCGCUUCCGCCCUUCGACGUACACACGACGCGACAAUUCAGUCUUCUCGUGAAUCUCGGCGCAGAGAGAGGCGACCUUUGAUCGACAGCCCCGUUCAACGACCUCGCAGCUCCUGCGAGAUAGGAUAGCGCUGCACUUUCACGAUGAAGUCCAAAACGCAGGCAACACUCGGUAGCAGCGAAGUGGACGAGCAAUACGACGAGUUCAACAGCUCUACUGCGACAAUGCUGCAGCAGCAGCAGCAGCAGCAGCAGCAGCAGCAGCAGCCGCUCAGGUCGGCCAUGAAUAAAAGUCCGAUCAGCGAUGAAGGCAUCGAGUCUGACGCUGAGAGAAGCAAAAGAGGCUCGGUGUCGAGAUGCUGGAGUAUCGAUUCUGCUGUCGUCAGCGAGGAAGAUUUUGGUGUGCAAAUGGUCAGGCGGCAGAAAACUAAAGUCACACGGUGCUGUAGCUCCGACAGCGCCGUGCUUAGCGAUGAGGAUCAGAAUAAGGGUAGCGAUGAAAUAAGUUUUUACAAUAUAAACGUUGAAUUUUUAGGUGACAACGAGUCGAUGGAUGGCAGCGGACGUCCGCGUUACUGGCGAACACCGAGCGUCGUUGUCAGCGAUUACUCGGAUUAUUCAUACCUGGACGAGCGUUCGGAACGCAGUGAUUUUGAACAGGAAAAACUCGACAGCAACAGUGCCAGUCCAAGUCAAGGGAGCAGCUGCUCGUGCCUGGACUGCGAUGAAGUGCGUAAUUUCCAAGAUAUUUGCCGGCAUCGCAGACACUCGGAUUCGUGCUGGGUCUGUCCUGCACCUCAAGGCUUGUACAUGUCCAGCAGAUACAUCAACGACGGUGGUAACAGGCGUAACUCCUGUCUGGCAAGUCCAAACCCAUACGCGCGGUUGGCACAGAAAUUGAUCGAGGAGCAACCAGACGUGGAAAACAAAAUUAGCACGAGUGCGACGACGACAGUAGUGGAGUAUCUCGAGCCGCCACAACGUAAAAUCUCAGACUGUUCGACGAUCUCAAGUCUGAGCGGCGAUGAGCUCGAGGUCAGCGAACUGCAGUCGCCGGUUAAGCGUGCACAGGCGCCGCCGCGAGUGGUGCUCGUGCCGCGGAUCGUGUGCACGCGGCCGAGCCUGUGCGAGGCGGAGGACGACGGCAACCACAACAACGGCGGCGGCGGCGGCGGCGGCGGCGGCGGCCACGAGCUGAAGGUGUCGCGGGCGGGCAGCCGGGCGCGUCAGCGCAAGAUCGCGCGCAGCCGCGUGCGCCGCCAGCAGCGCCGGCUGGGCUGCCGUUCGGCCUCCUCGUCGCGCAGCCCGUCGCCGCAGCUCGGCCGGCCCGCGCGCCCGACCCGGACAGCAGCGGCGGCCGCCUCGGGCUACCGGCAGUACCUGGAGCUGCUGCAGGUGCCCGCGCGCCUCGAGUUCGGCGAGCCCAGCGACAACGACCUGAGCAGCGAGUGGGACUCGGACCGCGAGCGAGACGCGCCGCCCGGCGUUGCCUCCGACGCCGCCGACGCCGUGUCCGGCUGGCGGAAGCUGCGCAACUUCGUGCACUGGACCCCCUUCUUCCAGACCUACAAGAAGCAGCGCUACCCAUGGGUGCAGCUGGCGGGCCACCAGGGCAACUUCCGCGCGGGUCCCAUGCCCGGCACCAUCCUCAAGAAGCUCUGCCCGCAGGAGGAGCAGUGCUUCCGGCUGCUCAUGGCCGACGUCCUCAGGCCCUUCGUGCCCGAGUACAAGGGCGUGCUCGACGUCAGGGAGAACGACCAGCGAAAGGAGAACGCGCCCGAGAACGAGUGCCCGAACGAGAAGCCGCCCGAGGACAGGGCCGCCGUCGUGGCGUCGUACCUCCAGCUGCAGGACCUGCUGGGCGAGUUCGAGCGUCCGUGCGUGAUGGACUGCAAGGUGGGCGUGCGCACCUACCUCGAGUCCGAGCUCGCCAAGGCCAAGGAGCGACCCAAGCUGCGCAAAGACAUGUACGAGAAGAUGGUGCAGAUCGACCCGAACGCGCCGAGCGACGAGGAGCGACGUCUUCAGGGCGUCACCAAGCCGAGGUACAUGGUCUGGCGCGAGACCAUAUCCAGCACGGCCACGCUGGGAUUCCGGGUCGAAGGCAUGAAGUUGUCGCGAGGUGGCUCCACCAAGGACUUCAAGACCACGAGGACGCGGGACCAGGUGGGCUCGCGUUUGCGCUCGCGAGCUCGUUGCGCGUCAGCGCUGCGCCGAGAACGGACGCUUGCAAAACGCGUAAUCGCAGCGCGUGCACCGCUGACAGUGACGAGCGCCGACAAAUUGCACACCUACUACAACUGAUUGCACGGCGGGAUACCGAUUUCUCUCUCUUGCUCUUUUCCCGUUCAUUUUUUCAUGUCGUCGGCUGGAAUUGCGCAACGCGCCGUAAUUAAGCGACAUCGAAAAAACAAGCCGAGAAAACGGUUCGCCUUUUUCUUUUUUUCCUCCACUCGGAGCAAUAUCUCGCUGUCGCGCGCGGCCAUUAUGACGAGCGAACACGUAAUAGAGGCAGAAAUUAACUCUUGAUGAAUCUAUCGUGGCGCUGCCGCGCGUCUUCGCGGUCGUCGCGCGAAAGAAAUUCUGCCAAUGGAGUCGGAUUGAAUUAGACGCGCGAAGAAAUGCGCGGCUGCCCGUCGAUUCUAAUCGCUGCGACGGCGAAAGUGCACCAGGCAGCUCUUUAUCUUCCUGGUUUUUUUUUUUUUUUCUCUCUUUCAUUUCUUUGCCUCGCGCCGCGCGGUAAA